AUGGGUAACACUGAUCUGGACCAGUUGGCGAUCAACACCAUCCGCCUUCUCGCGGUUGAUGCCACCUCCAAGGCCAACUCGGGCCACCCGGGUGCCCCCAUGGGCAUGGCCCCCGUGGCUCACGUUCUGUUCAACAAGUUCAUGAGCUUCAACCCCCAGAACCCCGACUGGGUCAACCGUGAUCGCUUCGUUCUCUCGAACGGCCACGGCUGCAUGCUGCAGUACGCCCUGCUGCACCUGUUCGGCUACAAGCUCUCCAUGGAUGACCUGAAGAACUUCCGCCAACUCGACAGCAUCACCCCCGGUCACCCCGAGGCUCACGACACCCCCGGUAUUGAGGUUACCACUGGUCCUCUUGGCCAGGGUUUCGCCAACGCCGUUGGUUUGGCCAUUGCCCAGGCUCACACCGCUGGUGUCUUCAACAAGCCCGGCUAUGAGCUCGUCAACAACCACACCUACACUUUCUUCGGUGAUGGCUGCGCCAUGGAGGGUAUCGCCUCUGAGGCCGCCUCCAUGGCUGGUCACUUGCAGCUCGGCAACCUCAUUGCCAUCUAUGACGACAACCACAUUUCCAUUGACGGUGACACCAAGUGCGCCUUCACUGAGGAUGUCAUGAAGCGCUUCGAGGCCUACGGUUGGCACACCGAGUGGGUCAAGGACGGUGACAAUGACCUUGCCGGCAUUGAGGCCGCUAUCCGCAAGUGUCAGCAGGUCACUGACAAGCCCUCCGUUAUCAAGCUCACCACCACCAUCGGUUUCGGCUCCAAGCUGGCCGGUACUGGCGGUGUUCACGGUAACCCCCUCAAGGCCGAUGAUGCCGAGAGUGUCAAGGCCCGCUUCGGCUUCGACCCUAAGCAGAGCUUCGUCGUUCCCCAGCAGGUCUACGACAUGUACCACAGCCACGCCGCCGAGGGUGCCGCUAAGGAGCAGGAGUGGAACCAGCUCUUCGAGAAGUACCAAAAGGAGUACCCCACCGAGGGUGCCGACCUUGCCCGCCGUCUCUCCGGCAAGCUGCCCGAGGGCUGGGAGAAGAGCCUCCCUACCUACAAGUCCACUGAUGCCGCCGUCGCUUCCCGCAAGCUGUCCGAGGCCGUCCUGGAGAAGAUCCACUCCGUCAUUCCUGAGCUUCUGUCCGGCUCUGCUGAUCUGACUGGCUCCAACAACACCCGCUGGAAGAACGCCGUCGACUUCCAGCCCCCUCCCUCGGCAUUGCACGCCAUGGCUGCUGUCAUGAACGGUCUCGCCGCCUACGGCACCGUCAUCCCCGCCGGCGGUACCUUCCUGAACUUCGUUUCCUACGCCGCUGGCGCCCUCCGCCUGUCGGCCCUGUCCCGCGUCCGUGUCAUUCACGUCGCUACCCACGACUCUAUCGGUCUGGGUGAGGACGGUCCUACUCACCAGCCUAUUGAGACUCUGGCUCACUUCCGUGCUCUGCCUAACUGCAUGGUUUGGCGCCCCGCUGACGGCAACGAGACUUCCGCCGCCUACUACAUGGCCAUCACCUCCAAGCACACCCCCAGUGUUCUCGCCCUUACCCGCCAGAACCUGCCCCAGCUUGAGGAGUCCACCAUUGAGCGUGCCAUGAAGGGUGCUUACGUCGCCGUUGACACCCCCAACGCCGCCGUUACCAUCAUCUCCACCGGUUCCGAGGUCGGCAUCUGUAUCGAGGCUGCCGACUACCUCCAGAAGAACCACGGCAUUGCCGCCCGUAUUGUCUCCGUUCCUUGCUUCGAGGUCUUCGAUGCUCAGGACAAGGAUUACCGUCUGUCCGUCCUGCCCGACGGCAUCCCCGUUCUGUCCGUCGAGGCCUGCUCCACCAUGGGCUGGGAGCGCUACUCCCACGAGCAGUUCGGUCUCAACCGCUUCGGUGCCUCUGGUCCCUACAAGGAGGUGUACGCCAAAUUCGAGUUCACUCCCGAGGGCAUUAGCAAGCGCGCCAUUGCCACCAUUGACUUCUACAAGGGCCACAACGUCCGCUCCCCCGUCAACCGCGCUUUCCAGCAGAUCCUGUAA